UUGGCCGGGUCGGUCCCGUCCUUCGGCCGUUCGGGGAGCAGAGAGGGCGCGAGAAGGCGGGGAGGGGGAGCAGGCCGGGCAGCGAUGGUGGGGCUGAAAAGGGAAGCGGCCGGGGGGCUGAGGGGGAGCCAGGAGGAGCAGCAGCAGCUGCCUGGAGCCCCCCUGGACCAGCCCUACGGAAGGAUUGAGAAUUGCUUGCCCCCCCUGGCCAACGCUUCUGCCAAGAGGUUUUCUCCAGCCAAACGGAAGCAAUACUACAUUCACCAAGCCAUCCGCAACUCAGACCUCAUUCCCAAGGCUAAAGGGAGGAAGAGCCUCCAGCGCCUGGAGAACACGCGUUACCUAAUGAACCUCCUUGAGCGGGAUGAUUGCACCAGUGAAGAAGGGGAUCUUGCCCAUCCUGCUCCACCAAGCAUUUUUACCGAGGCCUGCAGCAAUGAGACUUACGUGAAGAUCUGGAAUGAUUUCAUGAACCGGUCCGGGGAAGAACAAGAGCGCGUCCUUCUGUAUUUAGAAGAGGAGGCUUCAAAAAAAACGAAAAAUAAAUUGCCUGACAAAGCUGAGAUCAAGUGGAAAGACCAUCCUCCGUUCACACCGAAAGACUGUUUUCAGCGCAUCAGCCGACGCUUACGAACUACCCUGAAACGAAGUCGGAUUCCCAUGGGGACCCUGGAAGGCUUGGAGGAGGAGUUGCUGGCCUUUUUCUCCACUAACCCUCACGCCGUCUACACAGCUAUGAUGGACAAUAGCUUUGAACGGCUGCUCCUUCAUGCCCUCUGCCAGUACAUGGACCUCGUCUCUGCCAGUUCAAACUACGAAGGCAAACGUCAAAUGAAGGUUAGCAACAAACGCACUGUCUUCUUGCCUCCCGAGCUGCUGCUGUCCACUUACCUGGAGCAAAUGAGCUGAUACCCAGCGGAAAACGAUAUCCCCGUCCCACCCCCCGGGCCUUCUUUGGAGACGUCUGCUUUCAUUGUUUUGCAAUAUUCAACACCUAUUAUGUUACGCAGGGGUAGGUUCUCCCACCUUCGGAUACGCCAAUCUGGCACACUGUUAGCCUAUUCAGGAAUUGGGACCCGGAUGCCCUCUGCAGGUUGCGUAGGGUUGCCUAGCAACUCUCCGUCUUUCCUCUUUGCUGCUUAGACACCUGGAGGCUGCAGAGGUCCUGGGUGGGAGUGGAGGCGGUUGCCUUAAACCCAGUUAGGGAUGCUCGAAGCCAGGCCUGUGGGAUCUGUGACCUCUAGACAUUGUGAAACUACAAAUCCCAGCAUGCCUUACUUUUGGCCACCCAGGCUGGGGCUUUCUGAAAGUUCCACCUGAGCAACCCAGGGAGGCCAAAGCAGGGAAGAACCUCCACCCCAUAAUAAAUCACAGCUCAAAUAUUUUGUUUUACUUAGGUUAAACUUUUCUACCCAGGCACUAUCCAGAUACGCUGAAGUCCAGUCCCAUCAUCCCCAACCACCUCUAUCAAUUAUCUUGUUGGUUGGGGUGAUGAAGACUGUAGUCCACCACGAGUGUUUUGUGAGUAGAGAGGCAAUGUGUAAAUUGAAAUAAUGAGUAAACAGUGUGAUGUAUCGACAGCACCACAUUGGGGGCUUACUGUAAUCAAUUUCUCAUGCAGUCCAAAUAUUGCCUAGAAGCACUCAGUUUUUCCCACGGGAGACCACAGGACACAGUAGGAAUUCAACAGUUUGGACCUCAGUUGCGCUUCCUUUUUCAUUUUCACCCUUAAAAAAUCCUGAAGGUAUGGCAAAAGCUUUAAAUCUUCAUUCUAAAUGAUUCAGCAGCACACAAAUUUAAUUAAUGCUGUCAACAGCAUCUUGGGAAGGCCUCUGUAGUCUUUGAGAGACUCUUCUGGAGCUAUCAAAUUGUUCCUUGUAUCUCCUAGUUUAAGAAGGUGUCCCUGAUUUAGGCAGGAAGGAGUUAAAAAGAAUGAAUGAUUUUUUAAUAAGGAUGCCUUUAAGCUUUCCUUUCUUUUGUACUAAUGGGAGUGGUUCACCUAAAAUGGAACUGCCUAAAGUUGGUACCUUUGUUUCCCUCUGCAAGUUCUUCAGGUUCAAAUGCCUGUUGAUGUGAAAUUCAAUUCUCCACAUGCUUAGUCAGAAGGGAGCCCCAUCCCUAUCUCCAGGGCUUGCUGCCAAGUAGGCAGAUAUAGAAUACUAUAUCGAGUCCAUUUUUUAAAAAGUUUUUACUUGAAUCAUUGGAUAUUUUUAAACAGCUAUUAGCACUAUAAAAUACCAGGCUGGUUUUUAAAAAAAGAUAUUUUGUGGGUUUGCAAACUCUCAGGAUCAAUUGCGUAUCUUGAUCAUGACAUUUAACUUUCCACUUCAUAAUUUAAGUGGCUCAGAUUACAGUAGGUUUAUAUUAUCCAUGUUUCUUUGAGUUCAUGGAUAAUAAAAGCUGGCACGCGCUCUCUUAACCCAGCUGAACACAGAAAACAGAGGCGUGUGCAGGAUCAGAGGCUUUCAUCAAAAUAGCAAAAGGGGUAUCGCAGUAUUGCAGGGCGAGCUCUGCCCUCUCUGUGUUUGCGUGUGAAGUUACAAUGCCCAUAUAAAAUGGGUGGGGCUUGCCAUGUGAUGGUACAAUGCUACUUUUCGUCAUUUGCCCCUUCAUGGCUCCCCUAUUUCCCACAGAUGCCUCUGAUAAUAACUAGCCAUUUUGUUUCACAAUGUGCAAAAUACCCUAAAAACGUUGAUUUGGAAAAAUAAAGAAAAGGAGGCUGCGAAAAGGAGAGGGCAAUCGUGCAGGAAGAAAGUGCAGUUUCUCUCCCCAUACUCUUCCUGGUGAACUCUCUACUAUCUGCCCAUAGCAGCUGUUGCCAUCCUCUUAAUAUUCUGCACGCCUAUUUAUAGAUCAGUCGGCUUUAAAAAUAAAGACAGUUAUGCUAUUGGUGUUGCUUGACUUCAGCGAGGAGGAGCAGAACAGCAGCUUUGGUUUGGCUUAAUUAAGCACUGGCAAAGUGUGGUCCCAUUAGCAGCUGAAAUGCUCCACAACACAGUUGGGUUGCAUGUUUUCAGAAUAGCAGCCCGUUUCCUUUGUCCCAAGCUUCCUAUUUUCGGAGCAAACUGCUGCUAAUCAUGAAGGGUUUUUUGGUUUCUGCAGCCAUGGAAACUCACACCUCAUUUUUGGGGAUGCGCUCUGAAUUCAUACGUCAUGCUAAAUUAUAGUUUACAGAACAAAACAACUGCUAGAUUCACCCGUAACAUUAUACUGCCAGCCGUGUUUCAAAAAAAAAUCCAGCGGCUGAGUUCAUACAACCUACUAAGCCAUAACCACAUAAAUAUGAUUUCGUGUGAUGUGUGAAUCCUGUUGUUGCACUACGGAUACUGCCCUUGGUCAUUCUGUGCGGAAGAAGUGGUGCAAAUUGGACGUGCAUCGUUGGAUGUUUGCUUUGCUUGCUCCAUUGUAGGCACAUAGCUUUUGAAACUAUGUCUCUCCCCGCAGUAGUAACGCCAUCCUGGAACAUCCUUUUUGUAUUGGCAUAACCCGAACUAAAUGAAGUUAUUUUCUAAAUGACAGUUUCAAAGUCCUACUUCAAACCAUUCUCCCAAACCUGACCACCCUAUUGUUCAAAAUGUAACAUAGUGUAUUUUUUCUAUACGUACAUACAUAUGUAUAUUCACAUGUAUAUAUUAAGAAGAAUUUAUUUCAGUUCUUCAAAUUGCUGGGUAUUAAGUGACUCUGAUGGAAAUCAGCCUUCUCAUUGCUAUGACAGGAUCUGAAACUGCUCAUGCAAGGCUACUGGUGUUUUUAAUCCCUAUUAUCUAAAUGAAAUGAAUUAUCUGAUGCCAUAAACUGGUUCAAAGUGACGGGUUGUUUAAUGUAUUACAAUUACAAUUAUUACAAUUACAGGCUCUUGCAAAGCCUGUGCAAGUUACUGGAUCACAGAAAGAAAUGUAGGAGAACCAUCUUAACCAUCUGUUAGUCAAGUGAGGCCUAGAAAGACUUGUUUUCCCUGAAAAUUUCUCUGCAUAUGUAGGGCAUCUGUGGAAAGGGGGGGGGGUAUCAGAAAAAUCAGGGUAGGGCUCAUGAUUGUGCCACUGAAGCCUCACCCCUUUUUACAUGCAGCGUAUGUGUGAUGCAUAUAAAAAAGAGGGGGUUUUGAUUGUACAGUUGUGGCUGCUAACUUGAUUUUUUGACAUCCCUCCCCUUCCCCACUCCCCCGAAGACCCUUAUUUACUGUUGUUAAACAGCGAGCGGGUGGUAGUUCUUGGAGACCAGCUGGUAUUCUGAGAGGAUUGACCAGACUACCUCGUACAUUUUUUUUCCCUUGCUUUGGAGGUAAUUUUUUUUUUUUAUUCUUCUUCUAAAUAACAUUUGGUGGGUUUCCUGCUUUCCUUUGAGCAUCCUAUCUUCUAAUCUCACCAAGCUCAUCCUCAGCAUGGUCAGUCUGAAGACUUUUGAAGCUGAUUCUCCAACAGCUUAACUUUACAUGGGGAAAUUCCUUCUUGGUUCUCAACAUUCUGACCAUUGAUACUGUUUCCCCCUUUGAGUAAAGGAUUUUCUCCCCUCCACCCUAUUCCACUUAAUGCCACUUGGAGUCCCCCCAAAAUAAAGGGAAAUUGCCCA